CGAGAAUCAGCCAGAGAAACUUGAUUGCGAAGAGGUCAUUCUCAGAGAAGGUGACGUUGCGCCAAAUUGUCGCCCACCUCGAUUUUCAAAGUGAGACCCUGACUACUGCGUCACUGCAGCCGCUCAGGGUCUUCGAGGCUGCUGGUCAGGCCAAGACCCGCGCUUCUCGGUCUCGUUGACAGUCAUGUCGUCCGGAAGCACGAGCGCCCCACCGAUGAGGGCGGACUUUUGCAGGAAGAUAGCGGAUGGGAGGGAUGUCAAUGACGAUAGCCAGCAGGAGACGGCGAUGAUAUGUUUAGAGCCUGUAGAGUCCUCUCUUGGAUUGUGCAAGAGCUCCGCCCGGCAACGAUGAACCCAUUCAUCGACCCAUCGCCACAUGUUCCUUCGACUGGAUCCGCUCAUGUCGUGCUUUACCCACCAUCCCUAAGCCACAUGAAAUUCUUCUUUCUUAUCGUGCUUCUCGUCGGUCAAUUCCAAUUCCUUGGACGUGGAAUGAG